AAGUGAUUUACUGAUUGUUUCAACAGUUAUUAUUAUUUAACAUUGGUUUCUGGUUGAUUAAGGUGAUGAUUUUAGUUUAAUUUAUAACAUUACCAUCAGCAAUUAACUGUGUUAAUAACAAUCAAUCAGUUUGUCUUUAAAAAAAAAGUCAACAAUUUAUUGAUUUUAUUUUAAAUUUGCUUUUGUUUUAAUAUUGAAAAUUAACUUGUCACAUUUUUGUUUACCUUCAAUUAGAUUGUGAUUACUGAUAACAAUUAAGAAUCGUUUAUUUAAUUAAUAAGCUCAUCCAAUACCAAUCAACAUGUUUAUUGAUUUACCAAUUUACUAAAUCAUCAAGUUAAUUGUUAAUCAAAUUGUGUUGAUACUUUUUCUCAAUUUCUGGUUUUGUUUGUUUACUUUUUUUCUGCUCUUUUCCAUUUCCAUUGGUUACUGGUUGUUUUUUAUUUCGUCUCGAGUUUUCAUUUGUAUUUGGUUCAUUUCUCAUUUAAAUUGUUUCACAAUUAACUAAUUGCUGUUGUUAAAAUGUUGACGAAAACCUUUGUAACCAUUUGCACUUCCAUUAUCGUGAUUUUUAAUUUACCAGUAAACAAUUUAAUCAAUUGUGAAACAACAGGGAAGAGAAAUCAUCAUACGAUUGAACCCCUAAGGCAAUUGGACGAUGGAAGUGAUUUAGGAUCAACUAUUGAAACAAUCAGUUCGAUUGGGCCAAUUGAACGUAUUGAUAAUGAUGGGCCUCAGAUUAAUUGGUUAAUUAGCUCAGAGAAAUCUGACAAUGCAAUUAAUCCAACUGAAUUAAGUAUCGAACUGUCUUCAUCAAUAUCAUCUAAUGUUGAUUACUAUCCGUUAAUCAAUGGCUGGUGUCCUGAUUGUUGUGAUGAAGAUGAAGUAUUUGUUAAAAGUGAACAGAAAUGUUUGAAAAAAAGUUUCAUUGCUGAUGAUUGUAUCUCAUCUGAUCAAUGUAUUGUCCCACAAUCAACUUGCCUUCGUAAUAUGUGCGUUUGUAUUGAUUAUUUUGUUGAUUUCUCCCGAAACAAAUGUACACCGAUUCACAAUACAGCAAUUGAAAUCUACAAAAUAACAAUGAUUUUUGCCUCAAGUUGUUUGGCUUUGAUUUUGUUGAUCUUUUUGGCUUGUAUCUUACGGAAAUCAUAUUGUCCAGCUGAUUCGUCUCAUCAUCAAGGUGCCAAUAGAUCAACAAUCAACGAUUUGUUCACAAUUUAUCCUGGAACCAGUGGAUCACCAAAUGAAUUGUUCAGUAGCCUUACACCGGCAGAGAAACCACCAAGUUACAAUGAAACCAUGAGGAUGAUUAAUCAAGAAAUCGGAACACCGCCUCCGGCUUAUCACAAUAUUUUUUACACCGAAUCCUCAUCAUCAUCAACAACAACAACUAAUCAACAAUCAACAACGUCUUCAUCAUCUCAACCCUCUCAAUCAACUAAUUGUAACAAUGGUUUAACACCAGCAACCCAGUCAACACAAUCAACGACAACAAUUAAUGCUCAAAAUCAUCAUUCAUCAUCAUCGUCAUCAUUUAGUCAACUUCCUCCAUCCGCACCUUCAAUUGUUACAAUUAAUCAAGGAAAAGUUAAUUCAGCAUUUGAUUGUGAUAGUUGACUAGUCAAUUCUUAAUUAUUCACAAUUACUUUUAAUUGUUUUCAUCUUCUUUUCUACUUUCUCUCUUUCUCUCUCUCUCUCUCUCUGUAAAUUUGUUCCUUAAUCAUUGACACACAUCAAAUGUACUGUUAAUCUUUAAAUUGUCGCAAUUUCAAACUUAAUUUCAAUCUACUGUGAUUAAAAUUGUAAUUUACUAAUUGGUGUAUGAGAAAAUCACUAAUAGAGAUUAAUUGUAUUUCUUAUUAACUGUAAUUUUCUCAAUCACAAUGAUGUAUAAAUAAUAACAGCUUAAAGAUAUGAAAA